AAACAGAAACACAGCAGAUUCACAUUGGCAAGGAAAGAGGCUGAAAGAUCAGCUUAGCCUUAAACCAGUGGGAUAUUUUAUGGUCCAAUAUAUUUUUGAAUAGAAAGAAGAGUAACACUGCUUCUAAAAUGAGUCUCAAUGAAAAACCAGAGGAGAGAUGCUCGCGGUCCCAGAGAUCUCCUAAACCCAGCCGUGUGUCUGUGAAGAGUGAUAAAUCCAUGGAUUAUCGUAAUAACUUCAGUGAUAAACCAGUGACCACUGAUCCUAUACAGAGAUUAUAUUCUGUAAGGAGUAACGACUCCUUGGGAAAACGCAUUAGAUUCAGCGCUGGACCAGUGCAGACAGUCAAAGACCGGCUUAAAACCAGCAUGAAGGACAAGUAUGAGAGAUUAUUUGAGGGAACCAAACUCCAAGAGAAUGAAACACUCCUGAACAGGAUCUACACACAGCUCUACAUCAUAGAAGGAGAGAGAGAAGGAGUGAAUGAAGAACAUGAGGUUUUACAGAUGGAGAAAACAGCCGGAACACAACACUCACAAGACUCUCCAAUCUACUGCAAUGACAUCUUUAAAGCCUCUCCUGAACCAGGACACCAGGAGAAAGACCAAAUCAAGACUGUUCUUACUAAAGGCAUCGCUGGAAUCGGUAAAACUGUCUCUGUGCAGAAGUUCAUUCUGGACUGGGCCGAGGGAAAAGCCAAUCAGGAUGUAGAUUUCAUGUUUGUGCUUCCAUAUCGAGAGCUGAACUUGAUCCGAGAUCAUCAGUACAGUCUUCACAGACUUCUGCUGGACUUUCAUCAUGAACUUCAAGAUCUGGACUCAGAGAUUUAUAAGGAGUGUAGAGUUGUGUUCAUCUUUGAUGGUCUGGAUGAAAGCAGAAUCACACUGAGUUUUUCAGAUGCUCAGAAAGUUUCUGAUGUGACUGAGACUUCAUCAGUGGGUGUGUUGAUGUCAAACCUCAUUAAAGGAGAUCUGCUUCCCUCGGCUCUCAUCUGGAUCACCUCUAGACCAGCAGCAGCCAGUCAGAUCCCCUCCAAAUACAUCAACCGUCUGACAGAGAUUCAAGGAUUCAAUGAGCCUCAGAAGGAGGAAUAUUUCAGGAAGAGAAUUAGUGAUGAGCAUCAAGCCAGCAGAAUCAUCUCACAUAUCAGAAGAGCAAGAAGCCUCCACAUCAUGUGCCACAUACCCGUCUUCUGCUGGAUCUCAGCCACUGUGCUUCAAAACAUCCUGAAACAAGAUCUCAGUGCAGAAAUCCCUCAAACUCUGACUGAAUUGUACAUACACUUCCUGCUCAUUCAAACUCAUAUGAGGAACCAGAAGUAUGAAGAGAGAGAUCCAGAGAAACUCCUGCAGUCCAACAGAGACGUGAUUGUGAAACUUGCUGAUCUGGCAUUCAAUCAGCUGAUGAAGGGCAAUGUGAUGUUCUAUGAGGAGGACCUGAUUGAGAGCGGCAUAGACGUCACUGACGCCUCAGUGUAUUCUGGGAUUUGCACUGAGAUCUUUAAGGAGGAAUCUGUGAUUCAUCAGAGAAAAGUCUACAGCUUCAUUCAUCUGAGCAUUCAGGAGUUUCUCGCUGCUUUGUAUGUGUUUUACCAUUAUGUGAUGAAAAAUGUUGACACAUUGCAGUUUAUCGAUGUAGUGCAUAAUCUGCUUAGAGGAGCAGUAGAUAAAGCUCUUGAGACUGAGAAUGGACAGCUGGAUCUGUUCCUGCGGUUCCUGAUGGGCGUUUCACUGGAGUCCAAUCAGAGACUCUUACAGGAUCUACUGAUACACACAGAGCACAGCUCAGAGAGCAUCAGGAGAACCACACAGUACAUUAAAGAGAAGAUCAAUGAUGGACAUGGACUCUCUGCUGAAAGAUCCAUCAAUCUGUUCCUAUGUCUACUGGAAAUGAAAGAUCAGACUCUGUCCAGAGAGAUUCAGGAGUUUGUGAAAUCAGACAAACACUCAGCGAAGAAACUCUCUCCUGCUCAAUGCUCAACAAUCGCCUGCAUGCUUCAGAUGUCAGAGGAGGUGCUGGAUGAGCUGGACCUUAAGAAAUACAACACAUCAGAUGAGGGUAGAAGAAGGCUGAUAGCAGCUGUGAUCAACUGCCGGAAAGCCCUUCUUGCUGGCUGUAAUCUCACUGAGUGUUGUGAGUGUUUGUCAUCAGUUCUUCAGUCCUCAAACUCUGUCCUGAGAGAACUAGAUCUGAGUAACAAUGACCUGCAGGAUUCAGGAGUGAAACUGCUCUCUGAUGGACUGAAGAGCCCAAGCUGUCAGCUGAAGAUACUUAGGUUGUCAGGCUGUAUGGUGACAGAGGAAGGCUGUGGUUAUGUGUCUUCAGCUCUGAGUUCAAACCCCUCACACAUGAGAGAGCUGGAUCUGAGCUACAAUCACCCAGGAGAAUCAGGAGUCAGGCUGCUCUCUGGAAAACUGAAGGAUCCAAACUGCUCACUGCAGAUUCUUAAUUUGGAUCACGGAGGGCCCUUUCGGAUAAAACCAGCACUACGAAAAUAUGCCUGUGAUCUCACACUGGAUCCAAACACAGCAAACACUCAUCUCAUCCUGUCUGAAGAGAACAGCAAGAUCACAUAUGUGGAAGAGUGUCAGCCGUACCCUGAUCAUCCAGAGAGAUUUGCUGAUAAUCCUCAGGUUCUGUGUCGAGAGAGUCUGACUGGACGCUGUUACUGGGAGGUUGAAUGGGGCCUUAGGGGCGAUGAACGGGGCUCAUGGGCUCGUAUAGCAGUGGCUUAUAAAGGAAUCGGCAGGAAAGAAGGUACUCUCUCGAAGUUUGGAUACAAUGACAAAUCAUGGUGUCUUUUCUGCACUCGUAAUGGAUUUGUUGCCUGGCACAAUAAUGUGAGCAUUAACUUACCAACCCGUGAACCAAAAUAUGAGAGAAUAGGAGUGUAUCUGAACUGGCCGUCCGGCACACUGUCCUUCUACAGCGUCUCUGACACACACACACUCACACACUUACACACAUUCAACAGCACAUUCACUAAACCCCUCUAUGCUGGAUUUAAGGUUUUCCAGUCUGAACUGUGUCUGUGUCAGAUUUAACAACAAACACAGGCUGACAUGCCUAGAUAGACUGAGUACAGUCUACAAGAGUAGAGUAACACUGAAUAUUACUCUUCUCACACAAGUCGCACACAGACGAUGAAUGAAUAUGCACAUUCACACUGGCAUAGGGACAUUUCUCAAACAAGUAACUUUAUUAAGAUAAAAGAUAAUGAUAAAAGCAUAAUUAAAAAAAAAUCAAUCUCAUAUUUAUCCUGGCCAGCAUUUGUGCAGGACAGUAAAAAAUACAAUAGUAAUAAAUUUCCUCUACUUAAUUAUCUGUCCGUAUAUGAUUGUACUGUACUGUAUUUAUUUAUGGCUAAUAUCUUUUGGUUGUAAAAUGUAUAAUGGCCUGGGAGGAUGUUCUGAAAAAUACAAGAAUACGCUAUUAUAAAUGACCUAUUUUAAUAUAUGGCAACAAGUCACUAAACAUUUCCACUCCCUCCACCCUGAAUUUCCUUUAUUAAUCGUCAGCAAGAAUCAUGUCACCACUUUGUUUGUAAAAACUAUGUACAAAUAAUUGUGGACGUCUUAUUUAUUUACAUGCAUAUUAAUUCAUUUUAAUAUUUUUUUAUGUAUUUGCAGGGAUCUGAGAGGAAUUUAGUUAGAAAUACACACAAAAGCAACAAUGAUGUUACUUUACCAAUAUUCCUAAAAUAAAUAAUGCAAAUUAA